GAGGCAGAGCGCGGAGUACCGCCGCCCAGCUCGCACCGCCUGUGCGUCUUUGCCUUUGCUGCCCGCUGCCCCGGCUCCCUCACCAUGGCGAACGACCGAGACAAAGCCAGCGACCAGAUGAAGCACUGGAACGAGCGGCGGGCCUCGCAGAAACCUGAUUCCCUUACGACGGGAGCUGGUAUCCCCGUCGGAGACAAACUUAAUAUUCUGACUGUUGGACCUCGGGGGCCCCUUCUUGUUCAAGAUGUGGUUUUCACUGAUGAAUUGGCUCACUUUGACCGGGAGAGAAUUCCUGAGAGAGUUGUGCAUGCCAAAGGAACAGGAGCAUUCGGAUAUUUUGAAGUCACUCAUGACAUCACCAAAUAUUCCAAGGCAAAGGUCUUUGAGCAUAUUGGGAAAAGGACUCCGAUUGCCGUUAGAUUCUCUACAGUCGCUGGCGAAUCUGGAUCAGCGGACACUAUCCGUGACCCUCGAGGCUUUGCUGUGAAAUUCUACACUGAAGAGGGGAACUGGGAUCUCACAGGAAAUAACACGCCCAUCUUCUUUAUCAGGGACCCACUUCUGUUUCCAUCCUUUAUUCACAGUCAGAAGAGGAACCCUCAAACCCACCUCAAAGACCCUGACAUGGUGUGGGACUUCUGGAGUCUUCGCCCUGAAUCUUUGCAUCAGGUUACUUUCUUGUUCAGUGAUCGUGGAAUUCCGGAUGGCCAUCGUCACAUGAAUGGAUAUGGAUCUCACACCUUCAAACUGGUUAAUGCUCAAGGGAAAGCAGUUUACUGCAAAUUCCAUUACAAGACUGACCAAGGAAUCAAAAAUCUUUCUGUUGAAGAGGCUGCAAGACUUGCUCAGGAAGAUCCCGAUUAUGGCAUUCGGGAUCUCUUUAACGCCAUUUCUUCGGGCAACUACCCAUCCUGGACAUUUUACAUCCAGGUCAUGACUUUUGAGCAAGCAGAGUCAUUUCCAUUUAAUCCAUUUGAUGUCACUAAGGUUUGGUCUCACAAAGACUAUCCUCUUAUCCCAGUUGGUAAACUGGUCUUAAAUAGGAACCCUGGGAAUUAUUUCGCAGAAGUGGAACAGCUAGCCUUUGACCCAAGUAACAUGCCACCAGGCAUUGAGGCAAGCCCUGAUAAAAUGCUGCAGGGCCGUCUUUUCUCAUAUCCUGAUACCCACCGCCACCGUCUAGGACCCAACUAUCUUCACAUCCCUGUGAACUGUCCUUACCGAGCUCGAGUGGCCAACUACCAAAGAGAUGGACCCAUGUGCAUGUCUGACAACCAAGGUGGGGCUCCCAAUUACUACCCUAACAGCUUUGGGGCUCCUGAGGACCAUUCCUCCGCUCUGGAGCACCGCUAUCAGCUCUCGGGGGAUGUGCAGCGCUACAACAGCCUCAACGAGGACAACGUCACCCAGGUGAAAACGUUCUACAACAUGGUGCUGAACGAGGCGCAGCGCCAGCGCCUGUGUGAGAACAUUGCCGGGCACCUGAAGGACGCCCAGCUUUUCAUCCAGAAGAAAGCUGUGAAAAACUUCAGUGAUGUUGAUAGUGACUAUGGGUCCCGGGUCCAGGAGCUUCUGGAUAAAUACAAUGCUGAGGGGCACAAGAAUGUGAUUCGAACCUAUACUGAGUCUGCACCUCAAUUGGCUGCUAAGGAAAAAUCGAAUCUCUGAACUCAGCAGAAAGAUCUUUUCUCAGCUGAAAGAUGAUAUUACAGAUGAAGCUACAAGAAGCUGGUCCUUAUGAUCAGUUGCCGCACAAUAUAACACAUCUAUCUGUAUGCUCAAUGCUCCCAUCUGAAGGCCUGGUUUUAUAAAAAUAUUCACAUUUUGCAACCGA